AUGGGGAGAAUGAGAGAGGACAAUCCAGACUCCUGCUGUCCCGGGCUGAUGGUGGGACAGCAGCUCUUGGAGGUGGGUGCAGGACAUUCCACCCUCAGCACCUGGACUCCUGAGGCAGUGGCAGCUCAGUCUCCAUCACAGGGCGGGCUGGCAAAGAGCGGCAGCGGGGUGGGCUGGAACCAAAGCCAGCACUGCCGGCUGCUGGCCGGGCUGGUCCCCGACCAGCUCCAGAUGUGCAGGAGGAACCUGGAGCUCAUGACCAGCAUCGUCCGGGCUGCCCGCCAGACCCAGGGGGUCUGCCAGGAAACCUUCCGGGCGAUGAGGUGGAACUGCUCCUCCAUCCUGCGUGCCCCCAGCUUUGGUCCUGACCUCCUGAAAGGAACACGGGAAUCCGCCUUUGCCCACGCCCUGGCUGCCGCCGCCGCCUCCCUCUCCAUCUCCCGGGCCUGCACCUCGGGAGAAAUCCCGCUCUGCUCCUGCGGCUCCGUCCCCUCCGAGUCCAAGUACCUGGCAGCCAUCAGGGUGACCCACCGGCUCAUAGGGCCCCGGAAGCAACUGAUACCCAAAGAAGUGGAGGUCAGGCCAGUGACAGAGACAGAUCUGGUUUAUCUCAUCAACUCACCCGACUACUGCACCCCAAACCCCCACCUGGGCUCUCUGGGGACACAGGACAGGCAGUGCAACAAGACCUCCCUGGGCAGUGACAGCUGCAACCUGAUGUGCUGUGGCCGUGGGUACAACACCUACACGGAGGAGCUGGAGGAGAGGUGUCACUGCAAGUACCACUGGUGCUGCUACGUGGUGUGCAAGAAGUGUCGGCGGCAGGUGGAGAGACACGUCUGCAAAUAA